AUGAGUUCAGUGAAUUCUAAUAGUGUUGGAAGAUCACCAUCAUUAAAAGAAGAUGGACUUGCUCAAUUGAGUCGAUCAGCAGAAAAUGCGAAGAGAAUUAAAAAUGUGCAAGAUAAAUUUGUUAAUAGUCAAAAUUUACAAAAAGAAGGUCGAGCUUUAGUUGGUGAAGGUAUUUUAAUGAAAGUAUGCCGAAAAAAACCUAAACAAAGAGCGUUCUUCUUAUUCAAUGAUAUUCUCGUGUACGGACGUGUUGUUAUCAGUGGACGUAGAUAUUCACAACAAAAAAUUAUUCCACUUAAUGAAAUACAAAUCGGUGCUCCUAUUGAUUCAGCAGAAAAUCCAUAUGCAUGGUUAAUAAGUAGUCCAAAAAAAUCUUUUAUUGUCCGAGCAAAUUCAGAUCGUGAACGACAAGAAUGGCUUACACAUCUUGAUCGUUGUAUUCGUUAUGCUUCUGGAGGUGCUAAUACACAAAAUAAUGCGGUCGCUGCACAUUGGAUACCUGAUGAUAAAGCUGAUACAUGUAUGCAUUGUCGUACAUCGAAAUUUUCAGCAUAUAAUCGUAAACAUCAUUGUCGAAAUUGUGGUUUAGUUGUUUGUGAUGGGUGCUCAAAAAAACGCUUUUUAAUUUCACAUUUGGAUGCAAAACCAGUUCGAGUAUGUGACUCCUGUUAUGCUAAAUUAAAUAAUAAUGAUAGCAAUGACGCACGUCUAAAUCAACGUGAUCGACCAGCUGAUAGUAGUGACAGUGAUGGUGAUGAAAAUCCUCAAUAUUCUCCAAUACCUGCGACUUUUUAUCAAAAUGUUGAAAAUCUCUAA